AUGGAACAUCUCCAAGAUGAAUUAGAUCUGCGAUUUCAUAAAGGGCUGCAGCCAGACGUAUACUAUCGAUGCCCGACAACUGAAUCUCUGCAUGGAGCCCUGCGGAACGAACUAGAGAAAAGCGCAUCUAGCUUGAUCCCUACUGAGAUUGUUACCGAGUUCGUCUUCUCGGCAACCUCAACCAUCACUAUUCCCGUGACCUAUCAAACGAAUUUGGACAUACUCAUUGAACCUGCAGACUUCCUGCAGAGCAUCGCGGUUGAUUAUGCCUUGUGUCGCGACAUCGAUGGCAAAGAGAGGCUCAAGCUGCAGCGAGCAAUUGCCAGGUCUAUCAUCGAAGCAAUCCAGGAUGCUGAUGGUUUCAAAUAUGCCGAGCGACAUGCCCAAAAUAGAGAGGGGGGCGAUGGCACUCGGCUCAAAUACGUCUGCCUAGACAGUUUUCAAAAUCGGGACCGGAAGAGCAACAUGAAGAAAGAAAAGCCACAGGAGAGCGAGGAUAGCGAAGGUGCAGGAAAGAAGAAGGGGCCCGCGCCUAUACCGACUUACGACUGUGGGGGUGCGAUUCACAUCAAAUUCUCGAUCAAGCGAGAAGCGAUCAAUGUAGUGUAUAAGCAUAACCCGAUACACACUCGACCAGCAAAUGGCGAUGAUAGCAACCUGCCAGCUCUAGCGAUAGGAUACCAAGCAGCCCAUCAAGCACCCACACCCGAUGCAACAAACGGAACGAAAAAGCGAAAGAGGAAAACCAAAAAGGAUGAGGUUGAAGUUCAAGUUCAAGUUGACGCAUCCAGAGAUCAUUAUCUUGACAUGUCGACAUCGCCAGAGGCCCCGAGAUCGUCAACCAGGAAGAAGCGCACAAAAGAGACAGGGUCAGGUUCUCCAAAGUCUAACCAGAAGUCCACUGCGAAGAAAGGCAAGAAAGCGAAAGAGCCUCUAUCACCCUCCAAGUCAUUCAAGGUUAACAAACCAUCACCGCCACCGAAGCCAAUCAAGGGCAGGGCGUGCAUACGAUGUCGAGAGAAAGGGAUCAAGUGUAAUGAGAGUAAGCCAACUUGCAAUCAGUGUCAGAGAGGCCUGUGGACUUGCCAGUACGACGUUCCCGGUGGCAGUAAACGCUCGAAGAACGGGUGCUUGAACUGCAAGCAAAGGAAACGAAAAUGUACAGAAGAAAGGCCAUCGUGCGCUCAUUGCUUACGACUAGGCGACGACUGCGAAUAUGCCGAUGACCACUGA